AUGGCCAGACCCACAAAUAUUCUACUCCGGCUCUCGAGGGACAACCUCGAGAGGCUACCACAACUCGAUGUCAUGUCGAGGUUUCUUAAUAGCGAAGAUCUGGGCGACAGACUGCUCAAUGUCACUAUAACCGACCCGGAAGGGGGUGACGAUGCUCUGGAGGAGCUGGAGAUGUGGAUAUCUUUGGUCACAGCCAAGGCAUUUGUCCGCUCAGCCUUGGAAGCCUGGGAAACUCAUACCAUGUUCGCCGAGGAGGGUUGA